CUCUGACUCUUCCCAUGGCGCGCGCAUUUGCAGAGAAAGACGCCAUCCCCAACGACUGGCGGAUUCGACAGCCGGGCUUGACCGUCUGGAUUCUCGUCUCAGUUGUUCGCAUCUUGCUGGUCGCAUUCUUCUAUAGCAUCUACUAUGCCCUACCCUCAUUACGACAGAGCCCGACAUGGACCUAUCGCCAGGCAUUUGCCACGCGGCUUACCAAGAUUUCCAUGACCAUCAUUCGCGAAGUCGGCUUCACGCAGUCACUGAGUCUCGAGUCUGGCGAGCUGGGCGACCGGUGGGUUAUCAUGAACCCCGCCUCUGCGGACUGCUACCGCGGUGCCUUUGCGAGCGACACCAUCAAGCCCGAGAAAAUCGGGGCGACGUGGUACCCUAAUCCUCCGCCCAAGGCCUCGCCACGGUUGGUCGACGACGAUGACAAUGAAGACGAGGACGAGGACGACAACAAGAGCGUGGUGGCUCUGUCGUUCCAUGGCAGCGCAUUUCUGUGGCUGACCGGGCGACCCGACGACUCGGGGUUCACAGCCGACCUGCUGAACUCGGCGCUGGGCCCCGGCGCCCGGUCGCUAUGGGUGCAGUACCGUCUCGCCGGUGGCGAUCAUCCAACCCCAUAUCCUGGUCCCAUGCAAGACACCGUCACCGCCUAUCUCUACCUCGUCCAGGAAAUGGGCAUCUCCCCCUCCCGCAUCGUGCUCGUGGGCGACUCAUCCGGCGCCACCAUGGCCAUGGCUCUUUUGCGCCAUCUCGCCUCGUUCCAGAACCAAGCCGGUCACGAACUUGCCGACCUGCCCCCGCCCAGGGCAUGUCUUUUGUUUUCGCCAUCCGUCGAAUACAGCUAUGAAGGCGACUCUCAGGCUGUUAACGCUAAUCGAAACCAACCCACCGACUAUUGUGACGGACAGAUGGCCGCAUGGGGCGCGCGGGCUUUUGCUCCGCCGGAAACAGUGCAACUGGAUGAUCCGUAUCUCUCGCCGUCGCUGCAUCCGUUCGCGACACCGGUCCCUAUUUUUGCCCAGGUCGGGGGCGCGGAGAUGCUGUGUGACAGUGUAAAAGGAUUCGCGGACGCGAUGCGCGCUAUUCCAGGUAAUCGGGUCGAGUAUCUCGAGAACCCGGGCUUGCCGCAUGAUAUUUAUAUGAUAGGACAGAUUCUCGGAUGGCCAGAGCAACAGAUUGAGAUGAUUGAUGCUGCGGCGGGGUUUGUUCGGAGAGUUUGAGUCUUUCAAGAUAUUGAUAUUUUAUGUCUAGUUGCCUUUAAUACUUGAUUUUCAGCGCACACUACUACUACUACUUCAUAGACAUGGG